AUGAAGGACUUGUUAGAGGCAGCAAAUGAUGAGAGGCCACAGACUGCUUCUAAGCUUUCCACUAAACAAAAUUUGGAUGUGAAAGAUGAGAAAACGGAGAAAGUUCCUGCACCUUCAUUACCACGUGACAGCGUCAAUGUCAAACCUGCAGCUUCCCCCCGAUGUACAGCUUCCCCACGAAUUGCAGCUUCCACCCGAAACACAGCUGCCCAACGAACCACAGAAAGCAAGUCCACGAGCAAAGCACCCAGCACAAAUUCUCGUCCUUUAUCUGCCAGAAAGCCAUUGACAAAAAGUAUUCAGCCAACAACAAGUAUUCAGCCAACAGUAUCAUCUAGCCCCAGAAAUACAAAAGGACAACUCAAUGUGCAAAAGCAGAAAUACAGUAAAAUGAAGAAGGAACUGAAAGACAAGCAGGGUGAGAUGUUUCAUCUGUAUGAUGCCAUGGUUAAACUUAGAGAAGAAAUGAUAACUGCUGGAGUGAAAGAUGUUGAAAUUCCUGAACAGCCAAAAAUUGUGGAUGUAGGACCCCUGGGAGGAGGUGAAGAUCUCAGUGCUGCUCACAAGAGAAUUGCUCAUGCCACAGGAAAUAAAUCUGCAUACCUCUCGGCAUUGGAAGAAAAGCUGAAUAGUGUUUCGUUUUGGUGUUUUGACUUAUGCCAGAAAGCUGUUGCAGUAAACAAUAGUGUUCUUACAGAACUUGGUCAUAUGGGGCGUGACAAGUUGAAAGUGUCUGAUAGUGAAAUGCAUAAAACAAUUGAAGGUUUGAAGAAGGAAAGCCAUUCACUUAUGCAGUCUCUGGAGAAAAAAAGGCAGUCUCACAAUGACACUGUGACAGAGGUUCUGCAAGAGAUGAAGGCUCUGCUCCAGGAGAGGGACUCCCUGAAAGAAAGCCAGAAAACUAACUUUGAAGAGGAACUUGCACAAGUCCAGAGUGAAAGGAAUGCUUUGGCUGAAAAACUUAAAGCUGAAAUUUUGAAAGGAAAGGGAAGACAGGUUGAAACAGAUACUCUGUUGAAUAAUGCUCGCCAGAAAAUAAAAGAUGUAGAGUCGAAAGUUUCAUCACAGGAGAACAGAAUUCAGGGCUUCCAUUCUCAGAUGAGAAAGUUUGAAAGUCAGAUUCGAUCUAGAGACCGUGCUCAUGCUAUGCGAUUAAAUGACGUGUCUGAGACAACAAAAAUGUUAAAGGAAAGUAAACAGGCACUUGAGAAGCAAAAAGAAGCUUUGGAACAAAGGGUGGAAGAUUUAAAGAGAGUUAUGAACCAGAAAGAGCGAAAACAGGAGGAUACAAUAAGCAAAUUGAAUUCUAAAAUUAAUGAGUUGACUGUCAUGUUAAGUGCAGAGCAAGAUGAAAAGCGAAAACUGGAUAAAGAACUGGAAACUACCAUCAGUCAGAAGAUUGCAAUGGAAAACUUGAAGAACGAAUUAGAAUUGCAGAAGAAUGAAAUCGAGAAGAAGCUAGAUGAGACAAAGAGUGCUCUAAGCAAUGCUAAAAUGAUGUCUGGUGACCGAGCUCAAGGUUCUAAACGGACUCCACAUGAGGAAGAACUGUGGGUACAACUACAGGGUACCCAAGUACUACUCCAGUCAACACAACAAACACUUGCUGCAGUUCAGGAAGAAAAGGAAAAGAUUGAAGCAUCUCUGAAAAAUAUAAUGAAGAAAGCUGAUAUCUCUCCUCAGAAAACAGAUGAACAAUUUACGGAAAAGGAAAAUACCAUUAACAAACUUAAUGAACGUAUCAAGUCCAUAUCUGCUGAAUCAGAACAAAAGUCAAGAACUAUAACAGAGCUGAAGAGAAAGGUGCAUGAGGUAGAAAGACAGCUGGCUGUAAAAUACUAUUCUGACAGGAAUAAGACACAUGGAGAUUUGAAACAUAAGGCAGCAGAAAUGGAAAAUGAGUUCUUAAGACUUCAAGAACAAAACUCUGAAAUGGAAAAGCAUAUACGAGAACUGCAUGCUGAACUGCAGCGUAAGGAAAAUGAACAUGUUAAAUCUCUCAAAGAUAGAGAAGAACUCAUAAGAGUGUUGAAGAACAAAGAGAAGAAGCAAGCAGAACAGAUAAUGGAUUUGUGGUCUCUUGUCCAAGAACACGAGUCUGCUGCAUCAACGGUGUGCCAAGAUAUGUCUGGCAAAGAUGCUGAGAUAAAGGAUUUACAAAAAAUCCUUGAAAUCAAACAGUUGCAAAUAUUACGUCUUGAAAAGCUAGUGAGGAAGCAAGAAGAGCAGCUGGAUCGGUGGGGGCUGCAGAGGACAAGACAGGAGGCACGCAUAGCAGAAUUAGAGAACAACUUGCGGGAAAAGCAACGGGCCUGUGUGCAAGUCUGAGAGAGAAGAGAAGAUGGUACACAGCAUUUAGAAUGUAAAAUACAAAGGGCUUCUUUUCAGGAAGGCUGCAGACCGCAUGAAUCACACAGUAACCACAGUAACAUACAAGAAAUUGGUUGAAUGUCUGUGGCUUACAAAACAGUUUUAUUAAA